AUGGCUACCAUUCAUCAAACUCUAGCUCCUUUUCUCCUCCUCGCCGCGGUUUUCCUCCCCGCAGAGAUAACCGCUCAGCGCGCCGCUCCCGCUCCUGGCCCUGCCGGUCCGAUCAACAUCACGGCGAUCCUAGAAAAAGGCGGUCAAUUUGUUACUUUUAUUCGUCUUUUAAACACAACUCAAAUUGGAAGCCAAAUCAAUAUCCAAAUCAAUAGUUCAUCAGAAGGUAUGACCAUUUUCGCGCCAACAGACAACGGUUUUCAAAACCUUAAACCCGGAACCCUAAACAAGUUAAGCUCAGAAAACCAAGUCAAACUCAUUCUCUACCAUGUUAGUCCCAAGUUCUACACAUUGGACGAUCUUCUCUCCGUAAGUAACCCGGUAAGGACUCAGGCUUCAGGACGAGACGAUGGUGCGGUUUACGGGCUUAACUUCACUGGUCAAGGAAACCAAGUCAAUGUAUCAACCGGUAUGAUUGAGACACGUGUGAGUACUGCAUUAAGACGUGAACGUCCUCUUGCGGUUUACGUGGUGGACAUGGUUUUGUUACCGGAAGAAAUGUUCGGAGAACGUAAGAUCUCACCGGUUCCGGCGCCUAGUCCGAUAUCAAAAUCUCCUAAUGUCUCUGAUGAUUUAGACUCCACUAAGAAAGCGGCGGUUCCGACUUCAGAGAAGUCUGGCUCCGGUGAGAUGAAGGUUGGAUUAGGGUUUGGUCUUGGACUUGUUGUGUUGUGUUUGAAAUUCCUCAUUUGA